AUGAUUAACUUAGUUACGCUAUUUGCCGCCAUGGCGCUAGUAGCGCUGCAGUGCUCUCACCCAGUCAGCGCCCAAAUCGAAACCUCUAAAAUCGACCUGGACAACAACAUACAACCAAAUCUGGUCCCGACCCAGCGAAGGCGUCUGCAGAAGUACGUCCGCAUCAACAUGCCGCCGCCGUCGAGCGUUAGCCACACGCCGGGGACUCGACUGCAACUGGACUGCGUAGCCAUGGGCUCCCCCGCCCCCGUCAUCCACUGGCUGAGAAAUGGCGAGCCAAUCGUUGACUACGAAGAUGAGGCGAACGAGAUCCCCACACACCAUCCGUCGAACAUUGCAAGUCUCACCAGCAAGCUGCUCGUGUCCGCUGUCAGGGACGGAGACUUGUUCACCUGCGUUGCCACCGCUGGCAUGAAGGAGGACUCUGCUUCCACCACCGUCUACUUAGAAGGCGAUGAACCUCCAAAGAUGAUGACUCUGGAGAAACUGUUCAGCGUCCCUUCAAAGCCGGUGAUCACAAGCUUCUACACGGAAAUACUGCAAGAGAUGGGCACAACUCUGAUCAUGCCUUGCCGCGUGCAAAGCCUCACUGAUCACCAGGUCUUCUGGCAUGACAACCAAGGAGAUCUCGUCUAUAGCAAUCCCAGGAUACGGGUGCUGCCCUCUGGCGAUCUGAUGAUAUCUGGGUUGCGGUGGUCUGAUAUGGGGCAGUGGACCUGCACGGCUCAGAACGCGUACGGAAAGGACUCCGCGGCAACCUUCGUAUACCCGGUGAAGCGCAAGCAG